AUGCUACGACCUAGUCGGUCAGCUGGAGAUGGGCUGUUGUUGGAGUAUGGAGCAGAUACAGAGCCUUUUGAUUACACAACGUGUAUUCCAGGAUGGCCUUUACAACACUCGGUUGUUUAUGCACAUUUUACCUGUUUCUUAGAAUUGAUAAGAGGGGGUGCCUUGCCAAAUCUCACAUCGGUAUCUUUUCCGCUCAAAGAAGCUGUGAUUGCCCGCCUAUCAGUACCACAUGCUGUACUGAAGUAUGCCAAGGAUUACCCAGAAUUUAUUAGACUCUACCAUGAAGCUGGUGGUAAUUUAUGCCAAGCUAAUACAUCAGGUGUACCACCAUUAGAGGCAAAUUUUGAAAGUUCUCCGGCCAAAGAUGCUUUAGCUUCGUUUACUGGUCUUCCUCUUAGUCUGAAGUCACUGUGCCGUCUCAGUGUACGCCGUCAUUUAACCAAAAAAAGGCUUCACCGCAUUCCAUGUUUGGGAAUUCCAUCGUCACUUAUUCCAUUUUUAAAAUUUGAAGAAUUUAAUGUAUACACCAUAAGAACCAAAGAAAAUACCCAUGAAAAAAUCUUAGAAAAAGAAGAAUAGUGUAUAGUAGUGUGUUAAAUGUCUAGUGUGAAUGUAAUGUUGUAAUUCUGUUUUUAUGUUAAAUGUUUUAUGUGAGUUGGAACUUGGCCAACAAGUAUUUGUUGAUUUCAAAAGAUAAAUGUAGAAUUUUAGACCUUUAACAGAGAAGAAAUAUAAUUUAUUAGUAGUUUUCUGCCAUAGUCACUGCUUUGAAUGUAUAUAUGUAAUUGUUCAUCUUGUUAGACAUGAGAUUGUGUUUGGUGGAAAGUAAUGAGCUGGUCUUAUUAUGUUGCAAGACUGUUUUAUUAUUGAUUUUUUAAUAAUAAUGCAUCUGUUGUCACAUUCUUAAAAUUUGUUUGCUAUAACUUCUAGUCAAAGUGCAACAUCAAAAUGAUUAAUUUAAAAAUAAGGUGAUCAUGAAAUUUUCAUGGUUGCCGGGAUAGUUAGUACAGAGUAGUAAACGAACUGUACUACCUUUUACAAAGUAUUUUGGCACUUGAUAGUUUUGCACCUAAUUCUGAUUAAGUACAGACUGUCUAUUGUUAUGUAUGAGUAUUCUUUAUAUAAAACUGCUGUAUGAUGUUCAAGUUAUAUGCUGAUGUCCAUAUAUUAAUGGAAAAUAAUUGGCCUCACCCAGGAAGUUUCACUAGAUAAAGUGCUAUCCCAUUAAGAUUUAUUACCAUCAUUCAUCAGUUUAACCAGGCUACAGAGCCAAGACAUUUCUUUUCAAGAUCUGUUUCUGAUAUUUGAAAUAAUUUGCAUCCACUCUUUAUUGCAUUUUUCAGCUGUUGCAAUUUGGUUGUGCAAAGCUCUUCAUUAAUGGUGUCCUCUGCAGUACUGUAACACCCAAAGACUAUCAAACAGACCACUUUUGAUAGAUGUAGAUGUCACUUGCUCAACUAUUUUGGAAAGUGGACCCAUGGUCUUUCUUUAGCUUGUUUUGUAACCGAUUCAGGUUCAAAAAUGGGAAAGCCAUGUUUGAUCUCGGUUUAAUAAUCUAACAUAAAUAGUGUAGGUCAGCCUGGAAAUUAUUCAAAUCAUCUCAAGUUUCCACUCUGGUAAGCUUCUGUUCUGGUAUCAACAUUAUACUUUUGCCUGUGGGCUUGGCUCUGUUAGAUAAUUAUAUGUUUCAUUCAAAACCAUGCAGUGAAUGGUAUCCUCUUAAGUACAUGUGGAUGUUUUCAACUGACUAACUGUGGGGUUCACUUGUGUUGUUUCACUUGUGUUGUCCUUCACCCACUUGAAUUUAGCAGCCUAACUAAUAAUUGUAGCUUAAGGGAAGUUUUGACCAAGUGAGGUGACUAGUGUCUUAAAAAUUUUGCUCUCUCACAGUAACUUUUUGAGGGUCUCACCUGUAAUGCAAUAUUUGCAAGCAGUUUAAUUCUUGUAUAGUCAUCAAAGUGGUAGUAGUGUGCAUCUAUAUCUGCACCAAAAAGUUUAGUUACUACUCCUUUCUGGGUGAGCCAGAUAACUUUUUGAGUGAUCCUCAUAGUUAGGUCAUUUAAUUCUGUAAAUUUUCAUAAAUGAUUACAUGCUCAUACUGUAUGACAAAUUACAAAUGCCCUCUACCUGGCACAAGUUGUUGGUAGAGCUUUCAUCUAGUCACUGCAAUUAGUCAUUCCUGAGUUUGAAAUGUUAAGAAUUCAACCUUAAUAUUCAAUUUUUAUUUCACUGCUACAGUUGAGAAGUUUCUAAAAGUAAAUUUCUGAAAAAGUUAAUUCUAGGAAAAUACAAUAAUAUUCAUACAAAAAUCAUGUAGAGUAGAGUACUGUAAAAUUACGACAGAUCUUUGGUUGAGAUUCCCUAACAUACUUUCAAAACUUUUGAGUCUCAAAAUGCACUUAGAACCUGUAGCUUUUUUAAAGGUGGUUUUGAACACCAAAUGAUUAAAAAAAAUUACAAUGAAAUUUUUCCAAACUGAAAAUAAAGCUUAAAAUUCA